GGCGUAUCAUAGAUAGCAAUGGGCGCACGCGAAUCGACAGCACGGGGUGGGCAGGAGGGAGAAGUUCCUGAGGGCUCGCCGGACUACUAUUCUCUGCUCGAGGUGGAUGAGAAUGCGACUACGGACGAGAUUAGGAAAUCCUUCCGCAGGCUCGCACUGAUCCACCAUCCUGACAAGAACCACGACGAUAUCGAAGCCGCAACACAACGCUUUGCGGCGCUGCAACAAGCGUACGAGGUUCUGUCAGACGAACAAGAACGGGCGUGGUAUGAUAGUCACCGAGCAUCUCUCGUGCCUGAGCCCGAUGCAGAAACUGUCUUCGAGGACAUUCUCCGCGGCGCUGCCCCGCCAAGAGGACGGGACCGUGGUCUGACUGUCCGGCAUCUCGAGCAAUUCUUUAACCCAUCGAUAUACAAGGGGUUUGAUGAUGGCGAGAGCAGCUUCUUUACGAUCUAUCGCAAUCUCUUCACCCGCCUUGCAUAUGACGAAUCUCAAUGGUCUGAGCACACGGCCGAUUCGUAUCCUUCCCUCGGGCUUGCCACCUGGCCGUGGGUACCUGCGUCAAAGGAGGAUGCAGAUACGGCGGCGAGGACGUUCUAUAACUUUUGGCUCAACUUCGUGACGGCGAAGGACUUCUCAUGGGAAGACCAGUGGGAGAUAAACGAUGCACCUGAUAGGCGGGUGCGCAGGCUGAUGGAGAAAGAAAACAAGAAGACGAGGGAUGACGCAAGGAAAGAGUAUAACGAGACUGUCAAGGCCCUUGCCAUGUUCAUUCGCAAGCGCGAUCCACGUUACAAAGCGCACAUUACGCGGCAACAUGCUGCAACUGCUGCAAAAGCCUCCGCUAAGUCUUCAGGGCAAUCCACACCGCGCACUAAGCCUCCCCCGACGACAAACGCUUUCGUCGAGCAGGUGUGGCAGAAGCCUCGACGUGAUGAAACACUAGACGCAGACCUCGAGUGGGCAGCGGCCGAGCGGGGUGAAGAUGAGGAGGAGUGGGAAUGCGUCGCGUGCGGAAAGACUUUCCGCAGUGAGGCUGCCUGGGACAGCCACGAACGCAGCAAGAAGCAUAUGCAGGCAGUUGAGAGGCUGAGGAGAGAGAUGGAGGAGGAGAAUGAGGAACUUGGGUUGGGUGGAGAUGAAGAGAGGGAUGGCGAAGACGAGAGCGAGCAAGAAGAGUUUACCGACGCACCUGAGAAAAUUCCACCGUCCUCAGAUGCAGGAGUCGAAGAAGAUACCCCGCCUGUCAAGGAUGGGCUCAUGGCCGAUGAGGAAGAAGGGGCGAGCGAAGAAACGCGACUCAAGUCGAAGAGGAAGAAGAAAGGAAAGAAACAAGCUCGCUCACCUUCACCUUCACCUGGGCUGUUGGCGAAAAAUGAGCGCAAAUCGCGUGCGCGGAGGCCCACUAGUCCAGACGACCUCGUUGAAGCCGUCGACGCGCCACAGCUGGGUGAACCUGCAGGCGAGGAGCAGAUUAACAAUGUGGACGGCGCGAGUACGCCGGCAAAGGUCGACAAGCCUGGGAUGUCUAAGCGGGACAAGCGACGCGCGCGAGAGGCGGCCAAGAAGGCGAAGGAGGAGCAAGAGGCGACAGAUUCGCUGGUUUGUAAUGUCUGCGAAGAGAUAUUCACCAGUCGGACAAAAAUGUUUGCGCAUAUCAACGCAACGGGGCAUGCCCUUGCCUCGAAACCUGACGAGGGCGGGGGCAAGAAAAAAGGAAAGAAGGGAAAGCGAUAGCUGCACCAUGUUCCACCCAUGCUUUGUGUGUUUUUGUGCUAAGUUGACUGGGAUAUCCUGUACUGGCAUCGGGUGUGGAAUCCUGUUGAAGCGCCUAGUCACGUGAUGGUCCGCGCCGGACGUAAUUGAGCGCGCCAUUGAGCAUGUUCAACUGCAAACCGCUCCUUGGGGGCUCUUUACUGGGGUCUCUUGCCCUUCACGUGCACCCCGUUCUCUAUCUCGUCUAUACACCACAUAUUUUGCCAUUUACGACCCAUUUUAACGACAUCUAACGAGCACCUUCCCACCCCCGCCACCUGUGCGUCUCGAGACCUCCUCGAAUCCUGUUAUCAUCAUGCCAUUAUGGUUCGAACCACUCACGCUCACCCGCUCUAGGACACGGCACACGUUCUCUACUAACGCCUUCCUUUUGGUUGUCAACCACAACCUCAACAAUGGCCCAGCCCUCUCAGGUCUUACCUUCAUGGCUUACCCUUUCGUCUACCCUCAUUACCGAGCCCGACGGCAGUGUCUCGACGUCAUUUGCAACGCUGCGUCUUCCAUUGACAUACUUCGGGCCUAGUGUAAGUGUUCGUUUUGCGCUCGAUUCUGGGGACGAGAUGGGUCGCGUCCUGUAGGCUAAAGUAUGAGCUCUUAU